AUGACAGAUCGUGACGGUUCAGUUGGGAGUGAGGAUUUUAUCCGAAUUGUCCCGACUCCUGACAAUGUUGUAUCGACGGUUUUUCUGGACUGCUAUGUGGACCUUACCGCUAUUGCAUCAAAGGCUGGCGGCCUUGCGAGAUAUAAUCCAAAGCGUAUCGAUGCUGUAAUCAUCAGGAUAAAAACCCUGCCAAACACGAAGGUGUUCGUUUAUGCUUUUGGAAUGAUGAUUUGCGUGGGAGCCAAGGACGAGGAACAUUCAAAUCUAGUUGCUCAAAAGUAUGCCCUAUUCAUCCAAAAGCUUGGGUUUUCCGCUAAAUUUAAGGAUUUCAAGAUUCAGAGAAAACCAGGUUUAGGACGUGUUAAUGUCCCCAUUAUGUUUGGGGAUCUUGCGCUUGCCUAUGAAGCCUCUUCCAAGUGUAAGCCAAAUCCAACUCAGGCUAGUAGUGGACAAAAGUCAAUUGUUCGAAGUAAGGGUUGGAGGGAAGUGCCUAUCCCCCUUUUGCAGUCUGCUGUUGAGCCUCGACUUGAGGAGGACAAUGCAGUGCUGCUUAGUACUCUUUGCAUGAAAUUAGCGAAAGAUGAAGAGUCGAACCGCAAAGUAGUUUCUGCUGAUGCCCCUGUCACCUCUCCUGCCGGGGUGGUUGAAGAUACUAUUGACAGUGCUGAUGCCUCUGCUGCGGUUCCUAUUGGGGGUGCUGACAUUGCUACUUACCAUGCUGAUGCUUGUGUUAGAAGGCCUGGUGCGGGUGUUAAAAGGCUUAGAGUUGCUUAUUAA